AUGUCACGCUCGGCCCAAGUCUCCAUCGUUCACAAGAAGUUUGUGGACGAGCUGAAGGAUCGGCGCGAUUUCGAUGUAAUAGCGCAGAUUGGUGCCGCCGAUCGCACUAGGAUAGGUAAUCCGACAGGCUAUCUGGAGCCCAUCUGCAGCCAUCUGGAGCCACUGGAGGAGCUAAAGCGCGCUACGGGCUGGAGUGCAACCAGGUUCAGCACAAUUGUCAGCCGGAAUCUUCUGUAG